AUGAAAAACGAACGCGAGUGUUGCUGUCAAAUUUCUCAAAAUCUUCAUUGCACCACAUGCAAAAUUUGUCCCUACUUGUGGACAUGUAGCUGUGAAGAAUCAAACGUAUCGGGUGUAGCUUGUAUCCACUGUCAUGCCGUUUACUCAUUUGGAGCUACUGUCUUGGAUCCCAACAUUGAAAUGGAAGGAUAUUCGCUCAACGAAACCCCCGUUGAAAUGUUAAGCAUUUCAAACAAUCAUGUGCCCGUAUUUGAUGAAUGUGUAUUUAAGGCUAUGAUCGGUCAAUCUAAGUGCAAAACGAAAGCAGAAGCUUUGAUUUUCGAAUUGAGAAACUCUAGAGGCGACGAAAUGUUUUACACGGAGCUUGAACAGAUAAUGGACAGCGCCCUCGAGAAGAUUAAAAGCAAUAAGAGGACCCAAAAGCCUGCAAUCUUGCCAAUGGUCGAUUCGAAGGCUCUCGAAGAGAAGAAAAAGAUGGCUCAAAUGAGGGCGUCGGUUAUGGUCAAACAGUGGUUGUGUUUAGGACAGCAAGUCGAAGUCAGAAAAUGGAAAGAUCGUGAAAGAGUCACCGGACCACUACAGUCGAUG